UGCAGGGCUAUAAUUGAAGUACAAGAUGGCAAGAACCAGCCACAGCAACUAUGUCCUUCAGCAGCUAAACAACCAAAGAGAGUGGGGCUUUCUGUGCGACUGCUGUAUCGCUAUCGAUGAUAUUUAUUUUCAAGCACAUAAAGCAGUCCUUGCUGCAUGCAGCUCCUAUUUUAGGAUGUUUUUUAUGAACCAUCAACACACUACAGCCCAGCUGAAUCUAAGCAACAUGAAGAUUAGCGCUGAAUGCUUUGAUCUUAUUUUACAGUUCAUGUAUUUAGGAAAAAUUAUGACAGCCCCUGCCAAUUUUGAGCAAUUUAAAGUGGCCAUGAACUAUUUACAGCUAUAUAACGUACCUGAAUGUCUAGAAGAUAUACAGGAUACAGACUCAUCUAGUUUAAAAUGUUCAUCUUCUGCUUCUAGCACCCAGAAUAGUAAAAUGAUAUUUGGCGUGAGAAUGUAUGAAGACACACUUGCUAGAAAUGGCAGCGAAGCAAACAGGUGGGGCAUGGAGCCGCCAAGUUCAACAGUAAAUACGUCCCAUAACAAAGAGCCUGAUGAAGAAGCUUUGCAGCUGAGCAGCUUCCCCGAACAACUGUUUGAUGUCUGCAAAAAGAGCACCACGUCCAAAUUCUCUCACACAAAAGAGCGCGUGUCCCACUCACGCCGUUUUGGAAGAAGCUUCACCUGUGACAGCUGUGGGUUUAGUUUUAGCUGUGAAAAGCUACUGGAUGAGCACGUGUUAACAUGCACUAACAGGCAUUCCUACCAAAGUGCCAGGUACUACGGUGCUGAAAAAAUAGACUUUACUGAAAAGGACUCUACUUCUAAAAUAAUCUCCACACAAACAGAGAAAUACAAGGGGGACUCGAGCCAAGCUGCGGACGAUUCUUCAUCUCCUGUAUCAAACAUCACAAGCAGAAAAAGCAGCACGGUUGCCUCCGAGACAUCAGGUGAAGAAGGAAGUAGAGCCUCUGAGAGGAAGAGGAUUAUCAUCAAGAUGGAACCAGAGGACAAUCCUGCAGAUGAGCUGAAGGAUUUUAAUAUCAUUAAGGUGGCAGAUAAAGACUGCAAUGAGUCUUCUGACAAUGACGACCUAGAUGAUGAGCAGGAAGAGCCGCUUUACAGAUACUAUGUCGAAGAAGAGAUCAGAGAGAAGAGAAAUGCUCGGAAGACUUUAAAACCCCGUUUAUCCAUGGAUGAGGAUGAAAGAAAGUGUUUGAAAAGUCCGCGGCACCUUAACAGGAAGGCUCCGUCAGUGCAGGAAGAUGUGGAGAACGCUCCCUGUGAACUUUGUGGGCUAACAAUCACCGAGGAAGAUUUGUCCUCUCAUUAUUUAUCCAAACACAUAGAAAAUAUAUGUGCUUGUGGCAAGUGUGGUCAAAUACUGGUCAAAGGCAAGCAGUUACAGGAUCAUGCGCAGACCUGUGGAGAACCCCAGGAUCUGACCAUGAACGGUGUCAGAAAUUCUGAGGAGAAAAUGGACUUAGAAGAAAACCCUGAGGAGCAGUCGGAAAUAAGGGACAUGAUGUUUGCAGAGAUGCUAGAGGACUUCAGGGACAGUCACUUCCAAAUGAACAGCCUUCAAAAAAAACAGUUAUACAAGCAUUCUGCCUGUCCUUUCCGAUGCCCUAAUUGCGGUCAGCGUUUUGAAACUGAAAACCUAGUGGUUGAACAUAUGUCAAACUGCCUGGAGCAAGAUCUGUUCAAGAACUCCAUGAUGGAAGAGAACGAGAGGGAUCACAGACGUAAGCAUUUCUGCAAUCUUUGUGGGAAAGGAUUUUAUCAGCGUUGCCACUUGCGGGAACACUAUACUGUUCAUACCAAGGAAAAACAGUUUGUUUGUCAGACAUGUGGGAAGCAGUUCUUAAGAGAGCGCCAGUUACGGCUCCACAAUGAUAUGCACAAAGGCAUGGCCAGUAGUGAAAUAGGGACUUCUAAGCUUCUGAACAACUGAGAGAACCAGGUUUGAAGAAGACAUGAGGAAGAACGGGUCGACAAAAGAUUUCAUAAAAACUCAGAACCGCGUGUGCCAGAUCUGAAUUGGCACCACCUUUGCUUUUUUGACAUACUGCAGCAGUUGCAAAAGGCACCAAAACAGUCAAAUUAGAACAUGCAGUAAAAGUUGUUUUGGACUCUUCUCUGUAUUAUAAAACUUACUUUUUUGUGACUAUUAUUUACACCUGUUAAAAACAAAUUUGAAGUCUCCUUUCAUGGAGCAGACAGCCAAAAGAGGCAGAUGCCAGGUGUUACAGGCUGCACUGAAAUGAGUUUGCAGAAUUUGCUAUUCAUGUGCUGGAGUGCUCCUUUUCUGAAAUGAGGCUUCUUAGUUUCUGUCAAAAACUGUUCAGAUUUUUUAGUUCAAACAUUAGAAGUGUAUACUUGUGAACUAAAACUUAUGUAUUUUCAGACAGUUACACUGCUAAACUAUCGAGUGUUAAAAAAGAGGAAAAACAAUUUAAUCUGGAGUACAAGGUGAAUAAAAAAUCUUAAAAACUGAGGACAGAGGGUCCCUGAGGAAGGACAGGAUGGUGAGAAUGAUCCAGCUGACCUGAUUCCCCCUGCUGCCAUGAUCAUCAUUUGCAAGCUGAAGAGGACCUUCCAUGGAGCACAGUGCUUGUAUGUGGAGAGUAAAGAAAUGGUGCUCUGGUCUUAUACAAGAAUGGUGAAAAAUUUUAACAACAAGGAGAUAAGUAAAUGUGAAAUAAUCUUCACAGGGCACAGGGUGCCCCUUGUUCUGGAUCUAAGCCUUGCAAAAGCUGGCUUGAAGAAGAGAAUCAGGCACUCAUGUUGAGCAUUUUAGGAAUCCUAAUGUUUCCAGAUAAAUUAACGGGGAAAAAAAACCCUAACCAAAAAACCAACAAGGCAGUAAAUGUUUCAAAUUAAGGCCAGCAUGGUUUAAAAAAAUAUUAAUUUCUUUUGCUUCCCCCAGACAACAGUGGAUCAGAUUGAGACAUGUAAGCAGACUAAACAUGCUGAUCUAUAUUCUGCUGUAGUUACGCAUCUUACUAAUUCUACUCAUGACUAUAAAAGGAUGUUUCAUUGUUCAGUAUAAGUGUUAUCUCAAGAAGAGUCUGUCUAUAAUUUUAUUUAAAAUUGGCAUAAUUUUCAUUACUGUUGUUACGAAGUGUGUAAAAUAUUGUCUGUAUUGCAGCUUGUAUAGGGCAUGUGUCUGUGCUUGCUUUACUCUUUUUGAGUUUAUAAAGUUGCUAUACAAAUGCAAGAAAAGAUGUUCAGAUCUCUUUGAAUGUGGUUCCUUAAUCUAAUUACAUAGCCCCAAACAUUUCAGCACACAGCUGUUGAAGGUAUCAGCUCUAUUAACACAUAACACCUUAAACAUUAAUAUAGGCCUUUUAAAAGCCUUCAGUGCAAUAUUGGAGUGCCAACACUUCAGUCCCAGUGGCUGUGCUGGAGCAAAGGGGAAGAUCGUGAAUAUCUGGGCAAAGCCACAUAGCACUGGGGCCUCUGCAGGGAGAAGGCACAAUAUAGCUGGGAAAUCUAAUAGAAAAUGGGAUGUCCUUUCCAUAGAGAACGGUAGGACUGCCGCGAAGCAGGAGAGAAGGGAAAUAUGUUUACAGCA